AUGGUUCUUCCUCGAUCGCUUUUGCGCGUCCGCUUCCUCCUCGCCGCUUUCUUGGUUGUCUCGUUUCUGGUCUGGUCCUUUACCCGGUGGACCUCUGAUAUCGAUAAACUCGAUUUCUCGCUCCGUGAACAUGGGAAGAGUACGUUCGAUUUGACGCCCGCGCAUCAGUCAUUCUGGCGUAAAUUCCAUGGUCUUUUAGAGCGUUAUAGCCCCGAUACGAAUCCAUUGGUGGAGGACGAGAAGGCUCCGACGGAGGGAUUCAAGGUGACGGAUGCUCCGGCGCGCCCGGAAUACGUGCUGGUCGCAAGGGAAGAUGUCGAUACAAUGAGGGAGGCGCAUGCAAGUUUUCUCAAGGCCGUCGAUAACUCGCCGCCUCUGAUGCAAUACCUUCCCGGUACAAGAGGUGUGGUUUCAACCGCUGGCGGUUCUUACCUUCCUGUUCUGGUGAUCUCUUUGCGUAUGCUUCGUCGCACCGGAUCAAAGUUGCCUAUGGAAGUCUUCCUGGCCGAUGAAGAGGAGUACGAGGAGUACAUCUGCGAUGUAGUGCUACCUUCGUUGAAUGCGCGCUGUAUCGUGCUUUCUCAUAUUCUUGAGGCUGCUCCAGCUCGAAUUGAAAAAUACCAGUUCAAGCCAUUCGCAAUGCUUUUCUCCUCCUUCGAGGAAAUUCUCUUCCUUGAUGCAGAUGCGUUUCCCCUCGAGAAACCCGAGGAUUUUUUCAAGUCGGAGCCAUUCCGCUCAACAAACAUGAUCACCUGGCCCGAUUUCUGGGCCUCAUCGGCCUCACCGAUCUUCUACGAAAUUGUCGAUACACCCGUACCCCCGAUGAACUUGCGCCAAUCUACGGAAUCCGGCGAGUUUCUCAUCUCUAAAAAGACACAUGCGCGCACAUUGCUUCUUGCUACGUACUACAACUACUGGGGUCCUACACAUUAUUGGCCCCUCCUAUCUCAAGGCGCCGCCGGCGAAGGCGACAAGGAGACUUUCAUCGCUGCGGCCACAGCUGUGAAUGAGCCAUUCUAUCAAGUCAGCGAGUCGAUAGUUGCACUCGGUCAUGAGAAGAAAGACGGUUUCGCAGGUUCCGCCAUGGCCCAAUUCAACCCCAUCCAAGACUUCGCUUUGACCAGUCAGGGUAAAUGGCGUAUCCGCGGCGACAAAGCAUCUGCCCCAGACGUCUUCUUCAUCCAUGCCAAUUUCCCCAAGUUUAAUCCCGCCACCAUCUUCGACGUUCAUGAAGUCAAUCCUACAUUUUUGGAUGAUGGCUCCUAUACGCGUGCCUGGACGCUUCCGAAUCAUGUUGUCGAGAAAUUCAGUGCCAAGUUUGAUGUCGAGAAGGCGUUUUGGAAGGAGAUUAUGUGGACUGCGUGUGAUCUGGAGUCCAAGUUUGUUAGUUGGGAUGGAGAGGUCGGGAUUUGCAAGGGCGUGAAGGAGUAUUGGCGGAAUGUCUUUGAGUGGCAUGAGCUUCCUUCUUGA